UAAAAUACCAGCUAGCUGAACCAACCCAGCAAGUAAUGCACUCCCUAACGAGCAGCCUACAGGACACUUUCGUAAAAAGUAAAGUCCUUACAAAUUGCAUCCUUGAAAGCCUCAGAAGUAUUCCAAACUGGAAUGCUAGCCAAAAUAACAAAGCACGCAAACACGCUGCAUGUAAGCUUGCUGCCAGUCACUUAGUGAGGAUCAGCCUCAAUGCUCGCAGAAAAGCUGUAGCUGGCCUACUAGGGGUCAAGAGAGAUGUCAUGGACGCACCCCUGACGUGCAUUAAGGACUUAGGCGAUAGGUGGCAUACAGAUUCUAGAGAGCCUUACUUUUACGAAGCUGGGUACACCCACGACCACCUGCCUCAAUGUACGUACACUAGUGGCAUACCCAGUAUCGAGGAGCCAGUGCAUGACCUCCCCACUCCGAUACAGGUAAAAAAUGACGGUGAGUGCGUGCUCUCAGACCACAAACCUGUCGUAGCUAAAAAACACCCUAAAGAUGGGAAAAAGAAAACACCAAAACCCACGUGGUCCUGUACGGCCAGAUGUAGGCAGGUUUCUGAUAGUGAAUUUGAAACCAUUGUAAACUUGCACGACAUGUUUAGCGAGGACGUUCAGGUUCUCCGAGACCGCCUCGGCGCCCUUCAUGCAUGUCCGUAUGUGCAAACAUACAUACAGGAAUGGGAAGUCCCAUUCAACCCAGAAAUGCCAGAUUACGAACACCGUGUCAAAGAGAGGAUGGGCCAUCCUCUACACUGUAAAAAAUGAUGUGUGGUUUUCACGCAGAGUGCGUGGCUAUUGUGGCAAAUGUGCGUUUUUUCUCGCAUUUUUUCCUGAUAGUUGCCACAAUAGUCACGCACUUGCGUGAAAACCACACAUCAUUUUUUACAGUGCAGCUUGUCACUUGUUCGGCAGCGAGUGUGCUAAUCCGUUGAGGACUCUCAGAAAUGCUCUCGUGCACUAUCCCGCCCUGUCAAAGUUACAAAACCAAAUUAACGAAGCAUUAAGAACAAGCAAAACAAUUGACAAAAUUGACACUGGCAUUAAGAACCACGACCACCAGCUGCUCCUCAAAGCUUGCCAACUAGGUUUAAAUGAGCUGUUUGAUCGCAAAUGCGACGAACCACAGGAGGUUAGUAAAGCUAGCGAUACACUAGACACUCUGUUUAGAGUGAAACACCUAGAAGCUUUACUAAUGUCAAAGUACACUCCGAUUAUACUGAAGUACGACAAAAAGGUUCGCGACUAUGCGAUAAACGUGUGCAUUUGUUGUGACCAACUGUUCAGACGUGAUCAGUGUACAAAGGUGUUGCAUGAUAGCCUUUGCGAUAAUAUCACCUGGUUAACCAUCAAAGCAUACGCUUUAAUGGUUAAUCCGGCUGUGUGGGAACAAGAAACGGUGUACAUGUGCAACUAUUGUAAACCGUCUAGGUCUGUAGUUAACGAUCUUGAAACGGUCCCCCAGCCGAACGAGCUAAAGGGGCUCGACUCCUUUAGCUUGCAAUUGAUUCAACUGGCAAAAACUUUUCAAACUAUAAUCAGAUUGAAAACGUACUCAAAGAAAGUCCCCGCGCACAAUUGUCUCAAGGCAUGCAAGGGAAACAUGUUCAUUCUGCCUUUGCCCAUGUCAAACACGGCUGAAACGCUAGCUCUAAACGAAUGCGGACUGCCUAAACCUCAACUGUACGUUAAAGUCGACGGGGUUCCCACAAAGAAAAAUGUUCUUUGGCAGAAAUUCGUCGACAUUAACAAAAUCAAGGGGGCUUUGACGAAACUCAAAGAAAUAAACUGGUUGUACGUAGACGUAAAGCCGGACAAAGUAGAACAGUCCAUGGACGACGUCGUCAUAGAGGUUACAAACAGUGCAACCAGUAGCAUGGUCGAAAAGGUGACCGACCAGUCGGGGUACACGGCCGGCAUACAAGCUUACACGCAACGCAAUUUAGACACUUUCAAACCCAAUGUCGCCGACAUAGACCAGUUUAAAAUGCUUAGGGUGAAUGAAUAUCCGUUAAAGAGUAGCCAGGAGCAUUUAGAUGUCAUGUGCUUUCCAGACCUUUUCCCAAUAGGUAUAUUCGGCGAGUUCCACCCUCGCGACGAGCACCUGGCUUUCAGUGAGUACGUAAAGUCGUGUCUAAACAACAAAGACUCUAGGUACAGAAAAAGUAGCGAGUACCUGUUCUACCUCAUGCACCUAAAACUCAUGAGAGAGAUCAAGGCGAGCAUUUUCAACGUGCUUAAAAACACCUCGAGCAGACAUUCGUCUGUCAAAGACCUGCUGGUAAAGCUAGACAAAAAAGACGGCGAGCUGGAGGGAAACCUCUCCACAAUCAUGAGGAGUGUGCGUGGAACCAAGCAGUACUGGCAAAACGCUUCCGGUGACCUAGAGGCUCUAGUUAAGGACUUUGGUCUUGAAUUAAUGUAAUACUGUAUGAAAAAAGAAAGGGAAUCAAAACUAAAAAACAUUUGCAAUGUGAACGUUGCUAGGAUUGCCAGGAAAAGAAAAGCGCAAAAAAGCGAAGAAACAAGAAAUUUGGCGAGUGCAUAACUCCAAUCCGUUACAACGUCAUGAACAUGUACAGUCGAGUGGCCUACUGUUGAUAAGGAAUUUUAAAAUCGAAAUACAGGUUGCAGGGUAAAUACACAGUCAUUGGUCUUUAUCUGCUGGUCAUGAAUAACUUGGAAUACUUCCACCCACACAUCCAACACUUGCGUGUUUGCUCAACACUGUAAGGGAGUCAUAAACACAUAACUAUAGCCUGCAAAAAAUGCACAUAAUUAACAUCACUAUAAUUAUUACUUGCAAUGUGAAAGGAUUGGCCAGGAAAAGUACCAAAACAAAAAUAAUAAUCAUAACUUAUUGAAACAGUAUACAUGUGAAUGACGUUGUAACGGAUUGGAGUUAUGCACUCGCCGAAUUUCUUGUUUCUUCGCUUUUUCGCGCUUUUCUUUUCCUGGCAAUCCUAGCAACGUUCACAUUGCAAAUGUUUUUUAAUUUUGAUAUUACUUAUACUUCCAAAGAUAAUGAGCUGAAAUGUGAAAAAUAAAAAGUUCCAGUCUCUUUGGUUGGAGCACUAUAGUUGAUAGCAUUGUAUAACCUUAAUUUAUAACUAUAUAGAUCUAAGUUAUGUAUAUGUGCAUGUAUAUACUGUGAGUUGUAUUACAUACAGUUCAGAUUGAAGUCAAGU